GUAAAACGGAAGAAUGUGAUGGGAGUGGCGACGAAGACGAUGUAUCGUAUCGCCAACGCCAAGACUGCGUUUCGAAACAAAAACUCUACUCUCGCUACGCUCCUCUUCUACUCUCCUCAGCCAAAAUGAACUAGUUAAACCCAAGACAAUGGUUGAGAAAGAAGACAAGAAAGUAACUCGUGUUCUGUUUUGCGGCCCUCACUUUCCCGAUUCCUACAACUUCACUAGAGAUUACUUGCAGCCUUACCCUUUUAUCCAGGCAGAUGUUGCCCAUCUUCGUGAUGUUCCUCAAGUUAUAAAGAACUAUGAUAUAUGUGUGACUAUGUUGAUGCAAAUGGAUUCAUAUGUUAUCUCUCGUGCCAGCAACAUGAAGCUUCUUAUGCAGUUCGGUGUUGGUCUCGACGGUGUUGACAUUGAUGCUGCUACUAAACAUGGGAUCAAGGUCGCUAGAAUCCCCAGUGAGGGUAACGGAAACGCAGUCUCUUGUUCUGAAAUGGCUAUUUACCUAAUGCUUGGCCUCCUUAAGAAACAGAACGAAAUGAAGAUGUCUGUGCAAAGCAGAUUUCUUGGACAGCCGACCGGUGGAACGCUUCUCGGUAAAACUGUGUUUAUCUUGGGGUAUGGUAACAUUGGAAUAGAGCUGGCUAAACGGUUGAAGCCGUUUGGGUCUAGAGUGAUAGCUACCAAAAGAAGCUGGCCUGUGGACUCAGACUCCAGUCUAGUUGAUGAGAAAGGUAGCCAUGAAGAUAUUUACACAUUCGCUAGCAAAGCAGAUAUAGUCGUUGUGUGCUUGAGGCUGAGCAAAGAAACGGCUGAAAUCGUGGACAAGAAGUUCAUAUCUUCAAUGAAAAAGGGUGCUCUUCUUGUAAAUAUUGCUAGAGGCGGUCUGGUCAACUACGAAUCAGCUUACCAGAGUCUGGAAUCCGGUCAUCUUGGAGGCCUAGGGACUGACGUGGCGUGGUCUGAGCCGUUUGAUCCAAAUGAUCCGAUCUUGAAGUUUAAAAACGUAAUCAUGACCCUCAUGUCGCUGGAGUUACUGAGUAUUCAUAUAGGUCCAUGGCCAAGGUGGUCGGAGAUGUUGCCUUACAAUUUCAUGAAGGACUUCCUCUCACCGGAAUCGAACUUGUUAACUGACAAGAUAGUUUUGACAAGAACCAAACCAUGUUUACGACAUACUUUUUGUAUUGUAUUUUAUUUUACUCGAGUUACAGAGAAGCUUUUUGUGACUAGUCUCUAUUGACUGGAUAAACCUAUACUGUAAUCUUUCCGGUUCUGUCUAGAGGGUUGGAGACGCAUGGAUCAGCGUCUUCAAGCUUUCUCACGACCUCUCUCAUGUUUGGUCUGAGACUAGGGAGCUUUGUAGUGCAGAGAAGACCCAUUUUCAGAAUCUUAAUCAUGCUUUCUUCUA